ACUUAACCUCGUUUGACGAGACACAGUCCACGCCACAGUAAAUUGCUCUCUAGUGAAUACUUGUGGUUUGUAUUGUAAAUUUAUUUCAUUAAUAAUAAUACUUCUGAAAUAGUGAAAUAUUGAUAAUAAAGUAAGUUAAAAAAAUAAACCAUGUCGUCGAGAGCAAAUUCACGUAGAAUAACCGAGUUGGAGUCUCGUAUUGAUUAUGUCCAAUGUGACGGGCUGGCGGCAAUGAAAAUUAUCAAACAUUGCCAUGAAGAAUCAACGAGUAAUAUGGAAGUUGCACAAGGAGCUUUACUUGGUUUAGUUGUACAAAAUCGUUUGGAAAUUACUAAUUGCUUUCCAUUUCCUAAGAACGAUGAAUUAGCUGAGGAAGAGGAAUAUCAACUAGCUGUAAUGCGUCGGCUUCGAAGAGUAAACGUUGAUCAUUUCCAUGUUGGUUGGUACCAAAGCGCAGAUGUUGGUAAUUUUUUGAGUGUUUCACUUCUCGAAUCUCAAUAUCAUUACCAAACGUCAAUUGAAGAAUCAGUAGUUGUAAUAUACGAUACCGCUAAAUCAGCACGAGGAUUCUUGACCUUAAAAGCAUACCGUUUGACUCCUCAAGCUAUUCAGAUGUACAAGGAAAAUGAAUUUACUCCAGAAGCACUGCGUACCUUGAAAAUAGGAUACGAAAAUUUGUUCAUCGAAAUUCCAAUUGUCAUCAAAAACAGUAAUUUGACAAAUAUAAUGAUGUCUGAAUUAGAAGAGUUAAUACCCGAGGAAGAAGGUACUAAAUAUUUGGAUCUUGGCACAGCGUCUGUUCUUGAGAAUCAGUUGCGCUGUAUGAUGGACCGUGUCGACGAGCUGAAUCAAGAAGCCAUUAAAUUCAACAGACAUCAACACCUUGUUAUUCGUCAGCAACAAGACAAAAAUCGUUUAUUGGCCAAACGCGCUCAAGAGAACGCAAUGCGUGCUGCUAAAGACGAACCUCCACUACCCGACGAUGAUAUCAACAAGCUGAUGCGUCCACUGCCAGUACCACCCAGGCUCAAUCCUAUGAUCGUUGCCGGACAGAUUAAUACCUACAGCCAGCAUAUUUCACAAUUCUGUGCUCAAAGUUUAGCCAAGCUCUACAUCACCCAGAGUUUACAGAGCGCCAAGGAGUCUAAGACUACAAAUUAAUGGGACUAUUUUUUUUUUUUUAUAAAAAACAUUGUAAAAUCCAUUUUUUAAGACACCUGUUCGAUUCAUGCAGUGAAAAAAUAUCAAUUAAAUAAUUAAAUUUACCGAAUUAAAAACAA